UUGUUUGGUCUACUCAUGAGAGUGCUCAUUUGUGUCCAUUGGUGUUGGGUUAUCCAGUGGAAGGAAGAGUUGGGGUGUUUGUAGAAGAGACUAGCUCUGUAGUUUCUAUCUCUGGGGCCAAUGCAAAGCUUUGGGCUAUACUAGGAGUUGGUGGUAGAUUUUGUAUAUAG